UAAAAUGCCGAGUUUUUGUCAUGAACUCAAAUCUAUUUUGUUUGUUUGAAAUUAAAAUAGUUUCUCUCCUCUUGCCUGGCGAGACAUUACUCAAAGACUACGCUAGAACUUCGCAAAUAUUUGUUUUGAAAAGUGUUUUUUUUGUUGCAUUAAAUUGGAAAAUAGAUACGAAGUGCAUGAUACUCAACAAGUAUGAAUCAGAAUUCAGAAACAGAGAGUUUGACAGGAGGGGCUCCACCACCAAUGCCGCCGCCGCAGCCAUCAGCACCGACUGCGCAACCGGCAUCGUCAUCGAUGCCAUCUGAUUAUCAACCUCAACCGGCUUCAGUAACAUCGGGAUAUGGAACUAUAGAAACUCCCUAUGUUGCUCCAACUUACACUUGGUAUGAAGAUUACCAAAGGAAUACUCCACAAUCUAGAUCGCUAGCCGCAGCAUCCAUGAUCUUUCUAUCAGGUGGUAUGAGUCUUGCGAUGAGUGUUGGCGUUGGACCAAUAACCGAAUAUGGAACUCAUGCUCAAUAUUGUUGGUUUAUUGCCGUCAUUAUAGGUGCGCUUAUAUCUGCAUCGUUGGUGCACAAAUUGACAAAGCGGACAUUUUAUUUUAUUGCAUCUAUCCUGGUCAUCGUUAAGGGCACCAUUUACAUCGUUUUUGCGACCGAAAAUCCACUAUCGUGGAUUCUUUUAGCUCGUUAUUGUGAUGGUAUUGCAUUUGGCUUGACCAUCAUACCAGCUAUUAUAGCUGGUUCGGAGCAAUCUGUAAAGAAGUUCAGAGGACGUGUCCUGGGUGUUGAGCAAAGCAGUCUCAGUGUGGGUGCCAUGCUUUUAGCAAUUUUCUCAGUAAGCUGGGAAACUAUUGCGGAAGUAUACCGGGUUAUUGGUAUUGCAUCCUUGAUUUAUGGACUCGUGGCUUUGAUAUAUACAUUUGCUACUACAGUCGAGUCUCCAAUAUUCUAUUUGCGAAGAAACAACGAGACAGAAGCUUUGAAUGCCCUCCGUCAGCUUCAAAAGCCAAAAACUAUCACUAACGAAACUUAUGCAUUACUAAAUGAAAACAAGAUGCUACUGGAGGAAGAUUUGAAUCGUGGAAUUACGAAUAAUGUAUGUACCAGCUUCAUACCGAUGUUAAAGGUCACUAUUCUUCGUGUUCUAGUAUCGUUGUCAUUCUCGCUGCCACUGACCUGGGGAUUUUUAAUUACUUCCACUUUAAACAACUUAGGAAGCGAGCCAAAUCCCUUCCCUUAUGUUUUUAUGCGAUUGUUAGGAGUAACUAUUUCAUUGCUAACCAUAGACUCCGUCGGACGAAGAGCAACAGGUGGAGUUGCACUUUUGACUGGUAGCAUUUUGUUGUUGGGAAUUGGAACAUUAUUCGGAGACAAUACGGAUCCGUCAGUAAGCAGUUUGCAUGCAGCCAUUGCAUUUUUGAUUUUUCAUCAAAUUCUAGCUGGAGUUGUUGCACCUGCAAGCACAACUUAUUUGGGUGAAGCUUUUUCGCCAUCCGUGAAGCCUUAUUUUAUUUUAAUUUCUAUUGUUGUUGAAAAUAUUAUUCAAAUUGCUGUGUGUUCUCAUGCAACUUUUGAUUCAACUUCAAACUUUGCUAUGAUUCUGGCUGCUUUGCAAUUUAUCUAUGCAAUGAUUUACUUUUUCACAGUUCCUGAAACUAAGCAAACAACUUUGAGAGAAGCCUUGGAUAAGUUCCGUGGAAUAGGGUCGUAUAUUCGUCUUGAAGGAGUUUAAAUCGAAUAUUUUGAUUAGAUUCAUAUGCACUGAUGAUGCUGUAAGAUGUCAUAAAGAAGCUUUGUAGAAAUUUAAAAAUUGAUAAAAAUCAGCGUUUUGUAUAAGACUAUUUUGUAUUUUGACAUUUACAUACAUUUUUUUCAAAUUUCGAUCAAAAGAACAUUAAACUAAAACUUAAAAUAAUUUUA